AUGGCAUCACCCUCCUCGGUCAGCACCCGCCUCGAAGACCAUGAGCCCGACUGGCAGUACGGCCUUCGCGCCAAGCGGCGCAAGCGUGCUUCGACGGCUGGGACGUCACGACCCUCUCCACGUGAGAUUGGAUUCAUGAGAGAAUCACAAACCAAAGGUUCGGCAAGCUUCCUUGGCAGCUCUAGCGGCAUACAUUUUGUUCGACAUGUCUGCAAUGCCUUUGCGCGUCGCUCGGCGGAUCUACAGCAAAGCCGAGCACGAGACCGGAGCUCAGUGCCAGGCGAGGAUGAUCGGCUACACCAAGGAACUCUUGAUACAGAUGGAUUGUGGACCAGAAAUGAAGUGAAAAUGACCGAAUCUGCCACUUUCGUGUUUGAAGAUCUCGUGAAAUGGACGCGUGGAUACUUUGAAAACUGGCAUCCAAUUUUCCCAUGUCUGCACGCGCCGACGGUCCUUCAAGCCCUGGAGAAGCUUGGCAAGCAAGGGACGUCAUUGAUGAGCCAUCUGGAGAUGCUCAUUAUCCGUUCUAUUAUAUCAAUAUCAUUGGCAGACAGCCGACAAAUCGAAAGCCCAGCAUCGAAAAUUGGCCCAGUGCCGGCGUCAUUGGUCUUUCAUACUGUGCGACACGUCAUGUGCGAUGUCCAGAAGAUUCUCGCAGAACCAACAACACUUCCACUACUGCAAGCUGUUUUCACUGCUCAGCUUGCACUUACGUCUCUUUUGCGCUUGAAUGCUGCAUCCCGAAUCGGCGGAGUGAUCACACGGACCGCCUUCCACCUUGGUUUGCAUCGCUGCCCUGGACGAUUCUCUGUUUUCAGUGACGAGGAAAUCGAUAUCAGAAGACGCCUUUUUUGGUCGAUCUAUUGCCUCGAACGAUAUCUUUCGCAAGCUUUGGGAAUACCACUGGGAAUACGGGACGAUGACAUCGACGUUUGCUAUCCCGGUGAUGAGAAACAUGUCACUAGAUUGUCUGUCGUGCAAGAUGACCAGCGCCUUCGUCUACUCUCACAUCUUGCAAAGUUUGCUCGGGUACGAGGUCUCAUUUUGGAACUACGCAACAAGUCCAUCAUGCACAGCCGGUCGGACAAUAUUGAGGCGUCCCGUGUGAAUGGCGAACUUUCUCAAUGGUGGAAUGAAGUAUACGAUGAUGUGAACCCCAUCGAGGAGGAGCAUGAAAACGAUGACCCAGACCAAAAAUUGCACCCGAGUCCCUACCACCGACUGCUCCUCAUGAUAUUAAGACACGAGGCCAUCAUAUCCAUGAAUCGACCACUGCUGGCCGCUGGAAGGCCGAGUCCCGAAUACAAAAAUGCCUUGCAAACCUGCAUUGCAUCCUCGCGCACAUUACUUGUAGCUCUGAAGAGAUACAAAUCACCCACUUCGGAUGCGCCGCUAACAUGGCCUUCCUUUACCUGGACGACAUGGAUGGCCUGUUUGAUACUGAUGUAUGCCUCUUGGGAAGGCGAACUUCCCGUAUCGACGGCUUUGAAAUAUGCUGGAAUGGGCAUCAGCGUGCUGGAAAACCUAGCCUUUCGUGGUAGCAGCUGGCCUGAAACUUGCAUCGAAGCAAUCAAAGGUAUGGAGUCUGCCUUGACAAACACCAAUUCCACCGGAUCGGGGAUUCCGGGAGCGCACCUGUCGGAUCAGCCUCAACCAGGAGCCCAGGCCGAUAGAUCUAACGCGAGAUGUUUUCAAACCCCCAAUAAACAUCCAGCCCAGCACACCCGCGAUCAUCGAUCCGUGACGCUCAGCCACAGACCCCCGCAGCCUGAUGAUCUCCCUACAGCCAGAUAUCAGCAUGGGUCCUCAACCUUGUCCGCGCAGCCAUUUGAUAACUCGAUUGGUUCCUCGACAGGCCGAACGGUCGACCCGGGAGAAUCUGCUAUCAUAUCUCCUUUCGAUGCUCAAGAGAGUGGCGUUGAAAUGCCGGCCGAUGGCCUGUAUCCGACUGGGCAGUCAUCUGCGGGUCUGAUAUUCGGCAACAUGGUCGACGCGAAUGCGCCUUUGUAUCCGGGGAUUGCGGGACAUGACCCUUUACCUUUUUCCGACCCGUCGUCCCUCUUCAUGAGUGACCUGUGGAGUUUGGCAGACGGACCGUGGAUGAUUCACGGAAAUCUCUUGUGA